AUGAAAUGGGUGCAGUGGUCCACCAAAGCUGGCUCCAAUAUGUCUCUCUCAAUCACAGCUCUCAUCACAUGGGGGAGUCUGCGAUCGAGUUUGGAAACACCUCCAACUCCUCACCAAUUUCUCGCUUCUGGAGGCGUCCUCCUGUUCCCGAGCCCCUCUCUUAAGUCACCUUCUCUCCCCCUCUUUUCGGCCCUCUCGUCGCCAGAAACGCCCCCAUAUGCAGUUGACCGCAUCUGGUUAGAGCUUGACUCUGAGGCUGUUAUAUCCCUUCUGGCCGUCCCGACUCCCGGAGAUGACUGGCGGGAAAGAGACUUCAUCCAGAAGAUCAAAGCUCUUACGGACACCCUUGACGUUAGCUUCUCCCAUACAUACUGUGAGGGGAGCAGUGCCACCGACUACCUCGCAGGCUCCGCCUACCGAGCCCGAUACUUUGUGCUUUAUGACGUCGCGGACUUACCUAGACCCCUUAGGGCAGACUACAUGGCUGACGCCCAGUUUUUUAGCCAGCGAGAGAUUCCAUCUCCCACAUUAGCUGGCCUGGCUGCACCUUCUCCGUUGGAUUCUUCUCCUUCUUCUCAUCCUGUUAGGGCCCCCGAGCUGGAGGUCUUAGCUUUCUUCUCUUGA